GAUGAAAAGAAAUUACAUGGUUGUAGAGCAAUUUUAGCGGCAAGAUCCGAAGUAUUUGAUAGAUUACUUUAUAAUGGAAUGAAGGAAAGUUAUGAAAAAGAAAUUUCUUUUCCAAAGAUUAAUUCUAUUGGAAUGGAGAUGAUAUUAGAAUAUAUUUAUACAGGAUCAAUUAAAGAAGAAUCUUUAACAAAAGAUAAUAUGAUUGAAAUUUUUUACGCUGCAGAUUAUUUUCAAUUAACAGAACUUCAAAAUUUUAUAAUGAAAACUUUCAAGAAUACAUUAAAAAAAAAUUACACAGAGAACUAUUCACCGGAAUUAUUAUCUAAAUUUGCGGAAAAAAUUCCAUUAACAGAAAAUAAUAUUCUUCUAAAUUUAUUAGUUGAAGCGGUAUCAAUUAUUCCAUUAAAUAGAAUUGAAUUUGGUCGAUUAUCUAUUUCAGGUCUUCAAUAUCUUUUAACUUGUACACAUGAAGAAGGAACUCCUUUUGCAACCCCAGAAUAUGAAGUUUUUCGAUAUAGCGCUAUUCUUACAGCAAAACAAGUUUCUGAUAAUGCAUAUAAAGCCCUUAUGAAACAGUUACCAACCUUGGAACAAAUAAAACAAAUAGAAAACCCAAUAAAGGUAAAAAAUGAAAAUAAAAUUAUUACCGAUCACCAAAAGGUAGUUAAAGAAUUGGAGCCUUUAAUUAAAUUUAUUGAUUUCAGAAGAAUUGAAGGACAAAUUUUGACCGAUGUCAUCGAACCAUUAGAAAUUAUCUCUGAAAAAAUAAUUUUGGAUGUUUAUCGACAAAAAGCAAAAUUAAAUGAAUCUGAUUUAAAUAAUAUUCGAGGAAUACCCAUACCAGUUUGUGUAUGGGAUGAUACAGCAUGUGGAUCAAAACUUAUAUUUGAGAAUAAUGGAAAAAUUGUACGCUUACAAAGUCAAACAAAAUCAUCACGAAAUGUUAAAGCUAAAAUGAUACUGGAAGAUAAAGGUAUUUUUGAAUGGGAUUUUAUUAUAGAAAAAGCUUGUGGAGAUGCUUGGGUAGGAGUAUGUUCGCCAGAAAAUUUAAAUUAUGAAUUCUUUGCAGGAAAGCAACCAGUUGGAUGGGUAUUAGGUACUAAGGGACGUUGUUAUAAUUCUGGAAAUUAUAUAAACAAUUAUUGUCCAUCAUUCGGAGAUGGUGCAAGAAUUACUGUUCAUCUGGAUAUGAAUAAAAGAACUUGUGCUUUUACAGUUAACGGUACUAAGUAUAAGGAGGUAACAGAAUGGAAUAAUUUACCAUCAAAGCUUUAUCCAGUAGCAUCAUUAUGCUAUCCUGGUCGUUUUAGAAUUGAGCCUCAUCAAAAAUAUAUUUAGUUAUGGAAAUUUUAUUAAUGAGUUUAUGAAUUUAGUCACUAAAUAAUGUAAUUUUACUUGUAAAUUAUCAAGUCUAAAAAUUGCAGUGUAAUAGGUUGAUAAAAACAGUAUCACACUAACUAAAUAGUUUGAUAAAUUUGAAAAAAAAUUGAGGGUUAUGAGAAUUUAUUUUUUUAUUUGAGUCGAAUCUUACUAGUAUAAAAAUUAUUACUUUAGUAGAAAUCAAAAUAUAUAACUAGUUUCCUUUAUGUAUUCAUUAGACAGA